UCCAGAUCCUAUCUUUUGUUAAAACGUUAUCGCUAUUCCGUUUUAUGGUAGUACUCGACAUGGCUUCCGGCAAGGGUGGGCCUCCCGGUGCUAUGGAUGACCAAAUAACCCUAUUGGACGGUCAAAGAGCGGCGGCAUCGUUAUUGGAAGUGAACAGUGGACCAGUGAGUGAAGGAGCGAUGGAAGAGGGUGCGUCAUCGGAGUUAUCGGCCCUGCUAUUGAGGUUGCCGCCCUCAGCAACGGUCACGGAUACCGUCGGCGACUGGGGGCAAAGUAGCACCUAUUCUCGAUGUGCACAACCUAUCGCUUCAGCGGCAGCGUUGGUCGUCGAGUCGGACUAUAUCCGAAGUCUUGUGCGGUUCCUCGCAGUAUGUGUUGUAGCGGCUUCGUAUAGUCGGUUUUUGGCUGCCUAUUGUGGGAUUCCUCAGAAGAUAAACCGUCCAUGGCAGCAUUGGAUGUUUACAUUGGUGGUAGCCUUCUGUGGUGCGACGGCGAUCCAUAGGAUAUGUCGUCCCAGCAGACUGUGGGUGACUGCUGCUACGCCCUUUGUUUACUCUCUGAUUCAGAUGGUUGUGGGGGCGAUCCCUCUGACUGCAGACACGGAUUAUAUGAAAAGCGCGCCGGCACUGGGGCUGGCGACCAUUGUUGUGGCGGCCUCUUCGUUGGGAAUACUCAUGACUCGAUACGCCUAUUAUCACGUCGACUGCGUGGGUCGGCUAAUGAUGGGAAUUGUCUUUCUCAUCUUCCUGUGGUUGAGAACACCACCUGGAUAUAGCUUCCAUUUACAUCAUUACCUCCACUGCACGCUGUUGGCGUUGGCAUUUGGUAGAGUAAAAGGAGACGAAGCCGUGCCGGCUAUCGCACAAGCUAUUCUGAUUGGUAUGGCACUACAAGGGGCAGCAGUGUGGGGUACGGACUCGCUAUAUGACGAGAAGGUCAAGGCGUAGCUCGAAGUUAUUUGGGAAAGGAGUGGUAUGGCGACGGUGAACUCAGCGUUCGGUUAUUUUGGUUGACGAUGCUCUUGUCGGACGAUUCGGUUUAUGAAAAGGCUGGCUUAGCGGAGCGAAGCGCCUUUUGUUGUCCGAGUGAAGUUAUCUCUGGUUCAACUGAUGUGAGUCGCUAAAGUCGAUUUCCACAGCUGCCAAUUCCUUGAUUGAUAUAUAAUGAUACGUUUGCGCACAGCGAAGAUUUUCGUGAUUGUAGAUUGUCUGACACUAAGUUGAUGGGCAGCUGUGUGUCAGUUGGAGCCACAUUCUAUAAUGUGUAUCGUCGACAGUAGCGGCUGAGUAUUUUGUACAUGCGUGUUCCAUACCACUCCAUCAUCACAUCGUCCAAACACAUUGCUUAUUUCUUUGUCACAUAGUAUUAUACGAAACCGUCACGCGCCACGAAAUUGCUCUAAUAUCAGCAUUUC